AUGGGCAGAACAUACACACGCCCCGAAUUCCUCCUUCUGAUCUUCUUGGCGGGCGCCGUGAAACUUGACGGAGCCAAGGUCAUCCUUAACAUUUUGUCUACUGCUGUUCUAUCCAACAAUUAUUGGAUGGAUAUUGAUCAGAAACAUUCCGGUACAGGCAUUUCGAUGGCUGAAAGGGAAAGCCAGUUCCUUGUGCUCGGAUUUGCCUGCAAGGAACAGGCCAGCCAGGAGCAUGAUGAACAGGCGCGAAAUGCUUGGUGUAAACGUGUCGUUCUCAUCGUGACAGUAAAGUCGGGUAGGUCCUACAAGGCAAUCAAGGACGCCCUAGGAAUUGAUAACGACUCUCCUGUCUUUACUCGGGCCUGCAGCCAGACUGAGUCACUUCCACCACCACCCUCGUUCAUGCGCCAUUUUGCCGUUUUCUUAGUACCACAGGCGAUAUGGGUAGAUGAGACAAUGAAUCUGUUGCAGAAAUUCGAACACGGAUCGUACUUCGAGCUCGUCGGCCCCGAUAUGACUGACAAGGAAGGUGGUGGUGUCUGCUGGAGAGAGGAAAAGGUCCGAAGCAUAGAUGGGAUCGAAGAGGUCGGGUUGGUCACUUACGAUAACGAAGCAAUAAUUGAGUCAUACCCUGACCACAAGCAGCUCCUGCGACGACUGCUGCUAUUUAUCUGUGACUCUCGCUUAUGGGCUCUCAAGUACGCUAUCAACAAAUCGCACGGCAGAAUGUUUACGACGGGUUGGGCUGGUGCCAUGAUCUCAGGGUUGGGCGUUUUCGGAUCUGCUCUCUUGAAAGCUAGCAGGCUGCAACAAGACACAUCAACGUUAGUACUCUCCUUCAUGCAAUGGAAACACCUCGCAAGUGUAUCAGCGAGCCAGUCUCCAAAACCAGGUUAUGAGAAGCCGCUCUAUGGAUGA